AUGUUGUCUUCUCAAGAGCCUAAUGAUGAGGAGAAUGGUCAAGGUUCUCAUAAACUAGAACCAAAUCAUGGGAAAAUCAAAAGAAAUCAAGUACCUAAAAGCAUCAAAGUUUUAAAGUUGAGACAUGCUCAAGUCUUGCAACUCCUCAAAGUCAUUUUCAAGGAGAUUGCAACGCUAAGCGAGGAACAACUCAAGAAUAUUGGGUUGAAUCAAGUAAUCUAUGAUGCAAUCAAGCGUGGUUCAUUUGAGUUUAUUAACGAGUUGAUCACAUGCAAUCCAGUAAUUAUAUGGAGAGGUGAUAAAAAAGGAAGAACACUAUUCGCACAUGCAAUCACACUUCGUCAAGAAAAAAUCUUCAACCUAAUCUAUAGAUUUGGUUCAAGGAGACGUAUUUUGAUUAUGCUCGAUGUGUUUAACAACAAUUAUUUACAUUUGGCUGCCAAGUUGUCUCCUUCCUUUCAACUUGAUCAAGUCCCAGGUGCAGCUCUGCAAAUGCAAUGGGAAUUACAAUGGUUUAAGCAUCUAGAUGUAUCAGUCGUAGCAUUCACAAAUAGACCUGUUCAAAAGGCUUUAUUGGAUCCAAGUUAUGCUUGGCCUGAAAGGGGAAUAGAGAGCAUGUUACCACCAAAAUUUGGAGAAAGACUAAAUGAAAAUUUCCUCACACCCAGUGCUUUAUUCACCAAGGAACAUAAAGAAUUGGUAAAAGAAGGUGAGAGAUGGAUGAAGAACAACACAGCAUCAUGUAUGGUUGUGGCUGCUCUCAUUGCCACUGUCAUGUUUACAACAGCAUUUACAGUUCCAGGAGGCAAUGACCAAACAGGGUUUCCCAUUUUCUUAGGCUAUGAUGCAUUCUUGGUAUUUAUAGUUUCAAAUGCAUUAUCACUCUUCUCUUCCAGUACUUCUGUGCUAAUAUUCCUUGGAAUUCUCACAGCACGUUUUGCAGAAGAUGAUUUCCUCAAGUCCUUGCCUAACAAAUUGAUUCUUGGUCUUUUCACUCUUUUCUUCUCUGUGGUUACCAUGAUGAUAGCCUUUGGUUCCACCAUUUUUAUUCUUCUCCAGAAACGACUUUCUUGGAUUGCUAUUCCUAUCACUGUUCUUUCCAUAAUCCCUAUUUUUUUCUUCGUAGUCUACCAAUUUCCUGUCCUGAUUCGAAUGGUCAUUCACACACACAAAAGUUCGUUCUUUGACAAGCCAAAUGAAUCUUAAUUAUAAGUUGAUUGUAAGUAUUGGAUUUGCACUCUUUCGAUUGUUCUAUAUAUGUACGUCUCAUUGGUUAUCAAGUGUCUACUUUCUUAUCUGUGUCUUAAGUUUAUAGAAUGUCCUUUGGAUAUGUAUUUUUCUCAAAAUCUCAUAUAAUAAAUUCCACAAAUUUUAAACAAGAA